GCUGUCUCAAUUCCAAUGAAAACUUCCAGCAUUGAUGCCGGUGAAGACAACUUUCCGAUACAUUUAGAACGUGUCCGGAGUGAUCUUCUCCAAACGUAUUUCGCUUGUCAAAUCCGUGGUCUAACACAGAGUUGCAAGUGGUUAGGAGAUUUAUUACACGCUUUGGAUGACCCGACCGCCGAAUCUAACAAAAGUGAUUUGCAACUAUCGACUGCCAUAGCUUUACCUCAGUCUCCGUUGGUCGAUCUUCCAAGCAGAUAUUUACCGACAUUUCUAUUUGCGCGGAGCCUUUUGGAUGCCCGCGAGUAUGAUCACUGCGCCCAAACAUUGAGUCGUUUUGUCAGUCCUGUCUUGCGAAAGCUAAGAGGCGAAGGUGCGACCGAAGAAUGCCCUCCACUGGUAUAUUUCAUGUAUGUGUAUUCCACCUAUAUGGCCUGUGAAAAGCGUCGAGCUAACGAUGAAGUAGAACUCCGUCGGGUAUUCGAACAGGACGGCAAUGCAAAGCCAUCACAAGUUGCCCGUGCUCGAUGCGCCAACGAACUGUCCGCUCUGCGCAGCGAAAUCGAGAACCGUGUUAAUCCUAGUAAGCUUGACGGCGCUCACUCAGAUGCGCUGCAGGAAAAUGAUCCUUUCAUUUUGUAUGCUUUUGGUCUCGUGUAUCGUCGGCUUGAUAUGGAGUCAGUCGCAGUUAAUCUCUUUGUAAGGGCUAUUCUUUCGAAUCCCUGUCUUUGGCCAGCCUGGUUUGAGUUGGCACAACUCGUCAGGGACAAGGAACAUUUGAGCAGUUUGAAGCUUCCAGCUGCGAGCAGUGAGGUUUGGAUGCGAUACUUUUUUGAAGCAAAGAUUUUCCUAAAGUUUAACGAGACGGAGCGGGCAUUGGACAUCCUUCAACGCCUGUCAAACAGCGGGUUUAGCACCAGUGGAAACCUUCAAGCGGAGAUCGGACUGGCUUACGAUGGUCUGCGUGAUAUGGAUAUGGCUUCUAGACAAUUUGAGCAGCUUUUCAGCCAAUUUCCUUGCCGUUUGGACAAUGUUGAUGCCUACUCUAAUGUGCUGUUUGUGCGUGAGGACUCAAUCGAACUUGCUCACUUGGCUCAUCAUUGUGUCAGCCUGGAUAAAUACCGUCCGGAGACAUGUUGCGUGGUAGGAAACUUCUUCAGUCUGCGUGGGCAGCAUGACAAGGCAGUUUUAUAUUUCCAGCGCGCUCUCAAACUGAAACCGUCCUACUCACUCGUCUGGACGCUAAUAGGUCACGAAUACACUGAAUUGCGGAAUACCAAGGCCGCUGUUCACGCAUACCGACAAGCUAUCGCUCACAACAGACACGAGUUUCGUGCCUGGUACGGUCUUGGUCAGAUGUAUGAAAUUCUGGAUCUCCCAUCUUUUGCGUUGCACUACUAUCGUGAAGCCCAGUAUCUCGUCCCUACCGAUUCCCGGCUAAUUGUGGCACUGGGGGAGAUCUAUGAACGGUUGAAUCGGCUGGACGAGGCAAAGAAGUGCUACUGGCGGGCUUAUUGUGUGGGAGACAUUGAAGGGAGCGCACUUGUUCGUCUGGCGCAAUGCUUUAUUCAAUCAGAGGAGGUGGCUGAGGCUGCAGCUGCCUACACGGAGUAUAUAAAACUUUGCAAACGUCAUGGGGUGCCCAGCCAAACGGAACUCGCUCAGGCCUACAAGUAUUUGGCCAUGUACCAUUUGCAAAUGGGACACUACGAAGAUUCGGCUUCAGCGGCGAGCAAGUGUUUGGAAUUUCCGGAAACGCGUGAGGAAGCCAAAGCCAUGUUUCGUCAAAUCACCGUACUUGCUGGUGAUGUUGAAGGUGUUCUCACAGACAGAACAAGUGAUGAUCCCACGUCUACGGAUGACGCGAUCGAGGAUCAUGAUCCUGCAUCGGGUUCUACCCAAGCAGGGGACUCUGAGGCAGUCGCGGAUACGCCGUGCCCCAGGGACUGCACCGAUGCGAGUCAUCCAAUGGAGCCGGAAGUAGCCGACGUGGAUCCUGAUAAUCGAGAGCAACAGCCGAAGGCCACGACACAGUCACAACCUCUGGACCUUUCCUUGGGAUUUCUGCUUUCGGCUUUGGGGGCUGUUGAGAAGCCAUCGGCUAGUCAGCUAGACUCAUCCGCGAUUCCAACCCCAGCCAUUCGUCCCAUGGACCGGUAUACCUUGUGGGAUGAUAGUGAACAGCCCCCCGGAACCUCAUCACACCGAUCCACAUCGACCACUGGUCCAGCUUGCUCCUCCCUUGUCGGAACCCCACUACCUGGCAGUCGGUCGUCUGCUAGUGCCUUGGAUGUUGAGACUACACCGGAACGCCAAGAGGAAUCAAUGACUCACGACAGCUGACGCCCCUCCCCCCAACUCCCAACAACUCCCAAGAGUCUUAUCACUUUUUCUCAUUCUAUUUCGUUUGUAAUGUUGCACCA